AUGUGGGGCCCGGCCCGCGUCCAGGGGCAGGGCAGCAAGCGGUACUUCCUGCUGGUCGUCGACGACUACACGCGUUACACCACGGUCUUCCCCUUGCGCAGCAAGGGGGAUGUUCCUACUGUUCUGAUCCCUUGGAUCCGCGCUGUUCGUCUCCAGCUCCGCGAGCGGUUCCAGUCAGACUUUCCUGUCUUGCGUCUGCACUCUGACAGAGGUGGUGAGUUCACCUCCGACCUCUUGCGAGCCUUCUGUGAGGAGCACGGCAUUCGCCAAUCGUUCACGCUUCCGGCCUCUCCACAGCAGAAUGGGGUUGUUGAACGCCGCAUUGGCGGUGUCCUGGAGGUCGCUCGUACCUCCAUGAUCCAUGCGGCUGCCCCCCUUUUUCUGUGGCCGUUUGCGGUCCGGUACGCUGCACAUCAGCUCAACCUCUGGCCCCAUGUCUCCUUGCCGGAGACGCCCACACUGCUGUGGACGGGGAAGGUUGGCGAUGCGUCGCGUUUCUGGGUCUGGAAUGCUCGUGCCUUUGUCCGCGAUCUCACCGCGGACAAGCUCUCUGCUCGCGCCAUUCCCUGUGUCUUCCUUGGCUUUCCCCCUGACGCGCCUGGCUGGCAGUUUUACGACCCCACCUCGCGCCGUGUCUUUGCAUCUCAAGAUGUCACCUUUGACGAGUCGGUCCCCUUUUACCGUCUCUUUCGCUACCGCACUGCCCCUCUCCCCCCCCCGCCGCUCUUUCUCGCUGCAGGUCCUCCUCAGGUAGACCCCCUCCCCGCUCCAGGUCCUGCUCCUUCAGGUGUGUCUGAGGUAGACCCUCCUCCCUUGACUGAGCCGGUUGAGGUCACUGGUGACUCAGGUCUUGUUGGGGGUGGUCCUGCUCGGGGUGCUGCUUCUGGGGGUGCUGAGCCUGGGGGUGCGGAGCCUGGAGGUUCUGAGCCUGAGCGUGAGGAGCCUGGGGGUGCUGAGCCUGAGGGUGAGGAGCCUAGAGUGAGCAGUCUCCUUGGAGUGGCCGCCUCCGCAGUCGCUCCGCUGGUGCCUCGCCGCAGCCCUCUCGUCGGCGUGUCCCUCUCUCCACACAGCAGCUACGUGGGUGGUACGUUAGCCGUCAGGGUCGCGCUGCUGGAGCUGGGGGCCCUGCUGCGGGAGGCGCUGGCGUUGGAGACACUGGAGCUGGCGCUGUCCCUCUCUCCCCAUAGCAGCUGCGUGAGUGGUACAUUAGCCGUCAGGGUCGCGCUGCUGGAGCUGGUGCCUCUGCUACUGGAGGCGUUUCUGCUGACGUUACUGGAGCUGGGGGUGUCGGUGUUGGGGUUGCUCAGUCUGAGCAUGUUGAGCAUGGAGUUACUGGAGCCGCUGGUCCCGGAGGUGCUCGUACUGGAGGUAAUGGAGGUGCUGGGGCUGGAGGUACUUCUGAACCUGGAGGUGCUGCUGUCGACACUGAGGCUGGAGACCCUGGGACUGAAGGUGCCGGCUCUGGGGGUGCUGCUACUGGUCGCGCUGGUACUGGAGGUGCUGGAGCUGGAGGUUCUGGAGCUGUUGGAGGUGCUGGCGCUAGAGGCGCUGGAGCUGGAGGUUCUGGAGCUGCUGGAGGUGCUGGUACUGGAGGUGCUGGCGCUGGAGGUUCUGGAGCUGCAGGACGUGCUGGCGCUGGAGGCGCUGGAGCUGGAGGUUCUGGAGCUGCUGGAGGUGCUGGAGCUGGAGGAACUGGCGCAAGAGGUUCUGGAGCUAUUGGAGGCGCUGGAGCUGGAGGUUCAGGAGCUGCUGGAGGUGCUGGUACUGGAGGUGCUGGCGUUGGAGGUUCUGGAGCUGCUGGACGUGCUGGCGCUGGGGGUGCUGGAGCUGCUUUUGGUGUUAAAGCCGCUGGAGGUGCUGGAGGUGCUGGUGCUGGUGGCACUGCGCAGCCACGACUGUUGUUCGCUCCGCCGUCUCCGUCGUCUCUGCCACCGCCUGACUCUGUACUUCGCCAUGUUCUUAGCCUCCCGUCGUCUACUGGUCUUCCGUUACAGCCUGGCUCACCGCUACCUGCUCCUUCUCCUUACACUGAGCAGCCAGGAGGUCUUGCUAAGCGUGCGUGUUCCUCCUGCAUCUUCUCUGCCUGACGUUGCGGACCCUGAGUCUGACUGGUUUCGUGCUGCACACCCUACUGUCACGCGUCUGUUAGCCACUGUUGUCACUGAUCCGUCGUUUGAGUCUGCUGCUGCGUCUGCCUUAGUCGCUGAGCAUGUUGACUUUGCUGCUGCCUGUCGUCUAGACUACGCUGCUAGUCUUGUUGCUGAAUCUGAGUCUGUCUGUCCUCCGUCCGUCGAGGGUGAAUGUGCUCUUGGCACGUACGUCCGUUAG